AUGGGUCUCAAUGCCGGUGUGGACCACAGGAUAAUUGCUGGCCCUCACCGGCGGCUUGGAGUGCACUCAAUGACACCGUCGGUGGUCAUCUGGUGCAGUUACGCCCAGUGGGAACCGUGUGUCAUGAAGCACAAUACUCCAACGGCUCUUGCAGUGAGCUCAUUCAAAACUUUCGCAAUACUACAUGGCGUGUUGACAAUCCCGUCCGUCUUGGAAGUGCAGGAGGUGGUCCAAUUUGCCGCUUCUAAUCGCCUGCGGCUCGUCGUUCGCAAUACUGGCCACGAUCUGGCAGGUCGUUCAUCGGCCCCCAACUCCCUACAGCUCCAUACCGCUGGUCUUAAGGGUAUCCGUCAUGUUGAAUCGUUUACUCCUCAGGCUCCCGACGGUCUGUCGAUUCCAUCACAGGGUCCGGCGGUGACGGUGGGGGCCGGGGUACUCACAGGAGAGCUCUACUCCGCAGCUGCAGAGGAAGGAUAUACGGUUGUGGGAGGAAGCUGUAGUACUGUCGGUAUUGCGGGAGGUUGGAUGCAAGGCGGUGGCUAUGGUAUUCUCACACCGUCGCGAGGCCUCGGGGUCGACAAUGUGUUGGAGGUCGGCAUCGUCACAGCACAGGGCAUCUAUGUUAUAGCAAACCCGUACCAAAACCAAGACCUCUUCUGGGCCGUUCGUGGGGGCGGCGGGGGCACGUUUGGGGUCAUCGUGCACGUCACGUUCCGUACCUACCCCGAUGUACCUGCAGUCGUCUCGAAGCUGAAUAUUUUCAGUCCCCAUGGGCCGGACUCUGCCUUCUGGGACACUGUUACCGAUCUGCUCCACACGAUCCCUGCCCUUGUCGAUAGCGGCGACGCUGUUCAGGCUUUUGCGAUGCCAGUCCUUCCUGGCAACCAGUCAUUCCUCACUAUCGAGUCCUAUCUCAUCGAUGAUACUCGUGCAAUUGGCCUCAAUGUCCUCAAUGAGCUGCGCACACGCAUCGAGAAGCGUGGAUUAUCAGUGGAGUCAUCCGAUGAGUCCUUCGAUCGAUUGUCCACGUAUCUUGCGGUUCCUAAAGGCUUAGACCAGGCGGGCGUGGGAAUGAUGACUGCGUCGCGACUGGUUUCGCGUGAUUUGAUGACAUCAAUCAAGGGACCUUCUCGAAUUAGCCAGACGUUAGCAGAGCUCAGCUACGGACCUGGAGACGUGCUCAGUUUUGAGGGGACGGCCGGUGGGCCUGCGGUCCAGCGGAAAGACACAGCAGACAGUGCAAUCCAUCCAUCCUGGAGAUCUGCAUUGAUGUCUCUAACUCUGGGUCGCGGCCUACCAUCAGAGCCGGAUUGGGACGCCUAUGACCGUAUUCAGAACGAGCUGGUUAUGACACAACUUCCGGCGCUUCAGUCCCUCGAGGAGGGGGCGAUGGGAGGCUACCUGGGCAUACCAUUCCCAUAUGAGAGCAACCCUUCUCACAUAUUCUGGGGACCCCACUAUGACAAGCUUCUGGCACUCAAAAGACGCUGGGAUCCUGAUGAUUUGUUCAUAACCCGAUUGGGGGUGAACUCGGAGCGGUGGGAUGACGAAGGCAUGUGCCGAGUAGAUUGGAAGCAGCGUUACCUAGGGCAGUAUUAUAAUCUUAUAGAUCGGGUGCAAGCGUGGACAGGACAGGUGGUACCCAAAGUCUCGCCAGCCUGA